UGGCACAGAUGACUGAAGUGUUGAUAAUACCCUCUCAAAAAACCCAUGAAACGUUGUGUGGAAAAUUAUUUGUUAUUGGCGCAAAUCCCUGUGACGCCGACUGUAUUAGCCCAUGAUGCUAAAGGCUAGUUCAUUUAGCCGGCUGCUAAGGCUACAUGAGGUUACAGCACUGCCUCCGGGAAGGCUCAGAUUGUCUUGGAUUUCACAUGUAAUGCCAUACUGUUAAUUUAGUUACAAUCUCAGGUUUCUAGAGCUUUUUCCAUCAGUAACUCACCACAUUCUAGGGUGAUGUCUUGUGUGACUGUCCCCAGUAGCUUAGUCGUGACAGUAAGGACCUUGAGCAUGAUGUGAAAGCUGUCUCUUUUAGGAGGAGUCACAUAUUUUUAAUAAGGCAUUAUUUUCACCUCUUCUGAAUUGUGUUUUUAAUAACAAAUGUAUAUGAUGAGGUUGAAAAAUUAAAAACCCUUUCUUACAAAUGUAUAGCCAAGGUUUGAAAUUUCCCAACAUUUACUGACAUGUCCAAAGUCCAGCCCCAUUGUCUCUUGUAUAGCUUUAUAAAAUUGUGUUACAGAUCAAAGCGGUUUUAUACUUUUGUUCAGAUUCUGUAGUUAAUUGUUGAUGAAUAUCUUUUCAAUGGAAUAAUUCUAUCAAUUUAUAUUAUUUUACUGUCUUCAAACAAAUCCAUACAAUUAUGUAGACAUAGUGUAUAUGUUGCAAAAUGCUUGUGUGUAAUUGUUGGUAAUUUUAUAUAGUGUAGGUUUCUGCCUGUGUUUUAUGUAAUAAUGUGGAGAAUUUGAUUCAGCACCAGAAGAGUGGAAACUGUGAACUGUGAAGUGUUUCAUGCUUUCCUCUCCUUUGCUCCGCUUUACAAAAGUUGUGGAGUGGACCACACCUUUAAGCUCAACAGCAGGCCAAGGUGAGUUAAAUAUUUGUGCAUGCUAAUUAUUUUUUACAUCUUUGUUCUGUUGGAUAUUUCUAAAGAUUUCUGCCAGGUUGGUGCUCUAACAUUAUUUUACACAAUCUUUCACACUGCAUACAUCUUGCAGCAUUGAAUUUUAAAGUAAUGCUAAUUUAGUUUUGAUGAGCCACAACUAAAAUAUUCAUGUUUAUUUGAAAUGAUUGUAAUAAAACAAUAUGAACUAACCUGGAAGCAAAUUUGGUGUUUUGUGAACAUAAAUGCUCCAUAUCCAUGUUCAGUCCAGCAUGACUUCAUUCCAAGAAUUGUUCUCGGAAUAAAGAGCAGUGUGGUUGAACCAUUUUUACAAAAAUUUUGAACUGAAAAGGGCAUUGUAAAAAAACAUGCUACUCUCAAUGUUGUAGAGCUUUUUACAUUAAUCAUUGUGUUUAUAUUCAUAUAUCUGAUAAGCAUUUAUAUCUUAGUUAGUUAGUGAUAGUGAGUAAAGUCGGAACUAUGACUUAAGUAAUUUUCUGUUUCAACCUAUAGAUCAGUGACGAUGUCCCAGAAGAUGAGUAACUCCUCUGCGGUGGAUCAGUCCGAGCUCGAGGAUGCUCCCUGCUUUGCUCAGUCGGGAAAGGGAGGUCGUAGCAAGUCCAGCUCAGAACAAAGAAAUGAAGAGACCUCAUCCUCUCCUGAAAGCCUAAACAGUGAUGGGAACGGCAGCUCAAAAACCCGCAGACGAAGAAAACGCACUUCCAACGCUGAAAGUGGCCCUGUGGUUAAAGUCAAUAAAACAAAAAAUGAGGUUGAAACCCAGUGCGGCCAGAGUCCCCACUCCUGUGCAGGUUUGGCUGAACUGCAGUCAGAAUGUACUAAUAUCUGGUUUGAACGGAGCAUGUAUGAAAGAGCCGAAAGCCGGUAUCAAUGUUGGUUGGCUAGCUCCUCUGUUGCUACUUUGCCUUCCUCUUCUGUUUUAAAUAAAAUUCCUCCUCCCACUACUUCAAAUGUGGCUCCCAUUACUACUGCUACUACUGCUACAUGCCACCACAGUGAUCAGGUUGCUUGUCAUCAUAUAGUGCAGUCAGUCUGGGUCAACAAAAAUGCCUUUGAUCAAGCCGAACGCCAUUUUGUUGAAACCAUGCAACCUUCAAUACCAAAUUCUCUCAACAUCCCUUCUCCACCUGAUCGCAUUGUGUCACCCAGAACACCCGAUGAAGGAUACCAGUCUCUUGCCCCAACUCCAGCUACUCCUAUUAUCCCUGUUGACGUGGUAAUGCCAACACGACAGCCAAUCAAUGGACUUCCACGGAUCCCAAUGGAACUACUGCGAGAUGUAUGGCUGGAGAAACCGCAGUAUGAUCGUGCUGAAGCUGCUUUCUAUCAAAACCAAUGCAAUAACAAUUCGACCAAGAGAUCCACCUGCCCCUCCACUAGUAGAGGCAGUGAACACCCCCAGAGUCUUGUGGAGGAGGAGGAAGAGGAGGAGGAAGAGGAGCUGGCUGUGGUUGAAGAAAAGCGAGUGGUUUCUCAGUGUAAAGCAGAGGUCUUCCACGCACUACACCCCAUUCAAGAGGAAGAGGAGCCUGCUGAUGUUUCAGACAAAGAGGAGAGUCAAGUAUCAGGAGUCUGUUACUUCCUGCACCCCGACAAUGAGAGACUAUGGUUAGACAAGUGUCGAUUUGAUGCUGCUGAGACACGGUUUUACAGUAUCCAUAAAGAGGAAGCCAAAGCGAUGAAGAGGAGCAUCAGACCAGAUAUCGAUGCUUCACCUGUCACCUCUACUACCCUGCAGGGGGAAAAGUAUGAUAUUUUAAUUUGUUACUGUUCUCAUUUCAGAACCAUGAGUGCUCCGGAUUUUCUGGCUAAAGAGAAGAUCUGGUUUGAUAAACCACGCUAUGAUGAAGCCGAGAGGCGUUUCUAUGAACGGAUGAGUGGCACCUCAAGCACAUCUCAAAGCACAGGAGAUCUUGGAGCCAACUCUAUUCUUAAAGACAUUGCCAGAGCCAGAGAAAACAUCCAGAAGUCCUUAGCCGGAAGUACAAGCACCAGCAGCAAUAACGCAACAGAUCAGAGUGAAAUUAUCUCACGCAUCAAAAAUCUGGAGCAUGAGAACCAGAGCCUACACAAAGUGGUGGAAGACCUUCGAGCAGCACUUUCUAAACUGGAGAGUCGAGUAGCAGUCCUAGAGAAAUCUCCUGCACCUGUCACUUCAGCUCCUACUAUCCCUGUCCCUUAUACAAAUGGCACUACUUUUGAGCAGAAGAGCAGCGGGGGUAAUGAACCAGAAGAAGAUGACGAUGAAGACCUAGACCUCUUUGGCAGUGAUGAAGACGAAGAGGCAGAGCGCAUCAAAGAGGAGAGGUUAAAGGAAUAUGCAGAGAGAAAAGCAAAGAAGCCAGCCCUCAUCGCAAAGUCUUCAAUCUUACUUGAUGUCAAACCUUGGGAUGAUGAAACAGACAUGACAAAGCUGGAAGAGUGUGUACGCUCGGUGCAAGCCGAUGGUUUAUUAUGGGGUACAUCCAAACUAGUUCCUGUUGGCUAUGGCAUCAAAAAGCUCCAAAUUGCUUGUGUGGUGGAAGACGACAAAGUUGGAACAGACUUGCUGGAAGAAGAGAUUACCAAAUUUGAAGAAUACGUCCAGAGUGUUGAUGUUGCAGCCUUUAACAAGAUCUGAAAAGUGUCUGUUUUCCUUUUUCGUCAUGCCUUGUUUCUGUGCUAAUCCUGUCAACUGUUCACAAAAAUAAAAAUCUAUUGCACUGUUGAA